GUGCUUAGCUUGCUCUUCUUCGCGUCGCUUCUGAAUAUCCGAGGCAUAUCCCUGAUCCCUCUCCCCUUCCCACCAUCCCACCGCCAUUAAUUCUAUUCUUGUCAUAGAAAUUUAAAUAUCGACAUCGUCAGGACGCUUCUCCACACCAGUCUCGUUGUCUUUGGUCACGUUAUUAUAUUCAUAUAUAAUCUAUUACACGGGACCUCUCAUUCUCGGUCUCAUCGAUGCUCUUCUUCGUUCCUUCGACCUAACCUCCCCUCCGACACCGUCCCUCCCACCCGCCUCAUCCACCGUUGAAAGGACACUGCCCACCAUGGCAGACCCGACCGUAGCCACCGGUGCCGAUGAGCCCUUGUCGCGGCCCGCCCACACCCUGCCGUACAGCCAGGUCGUCCAUGAGCUGGAAGUCGACGUGACACAGGGCCUAACUGCCGAUGAGGCAGCCAGACGUCUGGCCCAAUACGGGCCCAACGGCCUGGGCAAGCAGCAGAGCGUGAGACCAUGGCAAAUCCUUAUCGCUCAGGUUGUGAAUGCCAUGACCUUGGUCCUCGUCCUCGCCCUGGCAGCCAGCUUCGCUAUCCAAGCCUGGAUAGAAGGCGGCGUCCUAGCCUUCAUGAUCCUCCUCAACCUCAUCAUCGGCUUCAUCCAAGACCUCCAAGCCGCCCGGACCAUCGCCUCGCUCGAAUCCCUCAACUCGCCCACCGCCCGCGUCCUCCGCGCCGGCGCCACCGCCACCGCCACCGCCACCGCCACCGCCUCGUCGUCCUCCGUCGUCGUCAUCCCCGCCGCCGACCUCGUCCCGGGCGACAUCAUCGACCUCAAGACCGGCGACGUCGUCCCCGCCGACGCGAGGGUGCUGCACGCCGUCAACCUCGAGGCCGACGAGGCCCUGCUGACCGGCGAGUCCGUCCCCGUGCGCAAGGACCCGGCCGCCGUCUUCGACGACGAGCUCAUGAACCCCGGCGACCGCAUCAACAUGGCCUUCAGCUCCAGCACCGUCACCAAGGGCCGCGGCCGCGCCGUCGUCGUCGCCACCGGCCUGCGCACCGAGGUCGGCGCCAUCGCCGCCGCCCUGCAGGGAGACGGCGACGUCGGGAAGGGGAAGCUGAAGAAGGGCCCGGACGGAAAGGCGGCGGCCUCCAAGGACUACGCCCUCUUCGCCCUGGGUGCCACCUGGGACUGGCUUGGCAAGUUCCUCGGCGUCACUGUCGGCACCCCCUUGCAGAGGAAACUGGCCCAGCUGUUCCUGUACAUCUUCUUCUUUGCCAUCGUUUGCUGUAUCAUCGUGCUGGGUGCCAACGAGUUCCGCACGAGGACCGACGUCAUCAUCUACGCCGUCGCCACCGCCAUCGGUACCCUCCCCGUGACUCUCAUCCUCGUCCUUACCAUCACCAUGGCGGCCGGCGCGAAGGUCAUGGUGGAGAGGAACGUCCUGGUGCGUAACAUGCGCUCUUUGGAGGCGCUGGGUGGAGUGACGAACAUCUGCUCCGACAAGACGGGAACCUUGACCCAAGGCAAGAUGGUCGCCAAGAUGGCAUGGCUUCCUGGUCACGGCACCUACUCCGUCGACACCGGGAACGAGCCGUACAACCCCGAAGUCGGAACCACCAACUUCACGCCCAUUGAGCCCAAGGACAUCUCCUCCAAGGCCGAAUCGUCAGAAAUCCCCGUCAUCCCUGCGACCGAGGCUGCCACCCACGCCUGUCUCGGAGACUACCUCGACGUCGCGGCCCUCGCCAACCUAGCGACUGUUCGAAAGACGACGGGGGGAGACGGCCAAGGGGAGCAAGACACCGGCAAGUGGGAGGCAAACGGCGAUCCUACCGAGAUCGCCAUCCAAGUCCUCGCGACUCGAUUCGGCCGGAGCGGUCUUCCGGCCACAGCACCGUCAUCGUCCUCGCCAUCGUCCUCGUCCUCAUCGUCGACCUCGGAGUGGACACAACUGGCCGAGUUCCCCUUCGACUCGUCCGUCAAGAAGAUGUCGACCCUCUGCCGCAACACCACCACGGGCCAAGUCCACAUCUUCACGAAAGGCGCCGUCGAGCGCGUCCUCGAAAGCUGCGUCCACAUCGCCGUCGCCGGUGCGCCGUCGUCGUCCUCGUCCCCGUCUUCUCCCCUCACCGAAGCCGCCAAAUCCGACAUCCUAGCCAACAUGGAAGCCCUCGCCCGCCGGGGCCUCCGCGUCCUCGCCCUCGCCAGCACCGUCAUCCCCGAAGAGGAAGCCCGCCAAGGCAAGCUCGCCCGGACCUCCUUCGAGCGCGACCUCGUCUUCCGCGGCCUCAUCGGCAUCUACGACCCGCCCCGCCCGGAAUCCCGCCCCAGCGUCUUCAAGUGCCACCGCGCCGGCAUCGCCGUGCACAUGCUGACGGGCGACCACCCGGAGACCGCCCGCAGCAUCGCCACCCAGGUCGGCAUCCUCCCCGCCCGCAUCGACCUGCUGCGCGCCGACGUCGCCGCCAGCCUCGUCAUGUCCGCGCACGACUUCGACCGCCUGUCCGACGACGAGCUGGACCGCCUCCCGCAGCUCCCGCUCGUCGUCGCCCGCUGCGCGCCGUCCACCAAGGUCCGCAUGAUCGACGCCCUGCACAGGCGCCGCUGCUACGUCGCCAUGACGGGCGACGGCGUCAACGAUAGCCCGAGUCUGAAGCGCGCCGACGUGGGCAUCGCCAUGGGCCUGAACGGGUCGGAUGUCGCCAAGUCCGCCUCCGAUAUCGUCCUCAGCGAUGAUAACUUUGCGAGUAUCCUGAAUGCCGUCGAAGAAGGUCGUCGCAUCUUUGAUAAUAUCCAAAAGUUUAUGCUUCACGUUCUCGCUGGCAACGUCGGGUUUGUCUCCACCCUCCUCGUCGGCCUCGCUUACAAGGACAGCAGCGGGGUAUCCGUCUUCCAAGUGACGCCCGUGGAGAUUCUCUACCUCCUGCUCGUCGCCGCCGCCUUUACCGAGACGGGUCUUGGUUUCGAAGCUGCUUCGCCUGAUAUUCUGAACAGGCCACCUCAGAGUCUCAAAUACGGCGUUUUCACCCCCGAAUUCCUCGCCGAUCUCGUCGGCUACGGCAUCCUCAUGGCCGUCUGCCUCCUGAGCUCCUUCAUCAUCGUCCUCUUCGGCAUGUACGACGGAAACCUCGGUCACGACUGCAACCUGCGCUACUCGCCCUCGUGCGAGGGCGUCUUCCGCGCCCGGUCGACCUGCUUCGUCGCCAUGAUGUGGGUCUUCCUCCUCUUCGCCUGGGAGCUCGUCGACGGCCGCCUCUCCUUCUUCGCCGGCCUCGUUCGGAACCCGCGCGCCUGGGCCGCCCGCCUCUGGCGCAACCCGUUCCUCUUCUGGUCCGUCGUCGUCGGCUCCGUCAGCGUCGUCCCGACGCUGUACAUCCCCGUCAUCAACGACAAGGUGUUCCUGCACGCGGGUAUCGGGGCCGAGUGGGGCAUCGUCUUCGUGUCCGUGUUCUUCUUCUGCGCCGGCGCCGAGGCCUGGAAAUGGGCCAAGCGCGUCUAUCUGCGGCGACACAACAUGAUGGAGAGGAAGAAAGCCGGCGCCAGCGAGGAGGACCUAGAGGCAAGGGUGUUUGAGAAGUACUAUCUGCAAAGCGAGGGCAGUGAGAGUGAAAAGUAAAAGCGGCGGACGCAUUGUUGAAGCGAAAGGGGAAAAAUGAAAAGUCGUAUAGCUGCUAGUCCAAGUUGGAGGAUCGAUCGACCGUUUGAGACACCAGAUACCCCGAGGAGCGAAAAAGCGAUGGGAGGAUUUGUCGGCGCUCAAGGUUUUUGGCAGCGAUUCAUAUUCAAGGAAGAAGAAGCGGAAUGUAAAAUAGAGUGGUUCUGAUCGCAUCAUAGCCAGUACUUGGCCCAUAUACCGUGU